ACGUUUGUUCAUGGUAACAAUACCGUAAGAAGACAAGUAGCUCUGAAGGAGCGUAGGCAAUUUCGUAUAUUGCUAUGGAUGAUAAUAUUUUUACUUGGGAAUGUCCUUUUCAUAUAUUACGUGUUUCAUGAGCAGCAACUCUAUAGAUGUUUAUACUUGAUGGCGGCGAACUUUAAGGAAUGUACCAUUUGGAAUGUGUUUUGGGUUGUAGGAAUUACAGAUUAUGUGAUACGGUUUGUGACGAUGAUGCUCAAGUGCCUUAUUGCAUCGUUAUGCAAGCGCGUCAUUGCGUUUAAAAUGAGGGGAAAGUACUACAUGUUCUUAGAACAUCUAUCUCAGUUAUAUCGGAUGUUAAUCCCAAUACCGUUAUGGUCGAAGUACUUUUCCGAAAAUGACGAUGUUGGACACGUCUUUUCCGUUGCUUCUGUAGCAAUAUACUUUGCAAUUAAAGUAUGUUUGCUGAUAUUCAAGCAGAUUCAAUACGGAACAACGCCAACCAAAGAAGAACUUAUUGAAUCAGGAGCUUUAUGUCCUAUCUGCCAGGAGGAAAUAAAGGAACCAAUCAAGCUUGAUUGUAAACAUAUAUUUUGCGAUGACUGUAUAUCACUGUGGUUUGAUCGUGAAAGGAGCUGUCCUCUUUGCCGGGCACGAAUAGCGCAUGGCCCUAUGUGGAGAGACGGAUCAACAUCGGCAUUUAUUCAAGUUUUUUAA